UAGACCAAUAAGAAGGUACAAAGUGCCAGUCUCUCAGCCUCAGUGAGUCAUAGUUUCAGGUUGUACGGGGUUGUAAGAUCAGCUGUCCGAGUGUAUUUUUCUGCCGCCAGCGCUACUGCACUGACAGGAUGGCACAUUCAGACUGGACCCGGAUCUUUCAAAAUAAAGCAAGGAUUCUUAAAGAAGAAGACUCCUGGAGUCUGGAGUUUGAUGAGAGUCUUGCCCCGAAAUACCCAAACAAGGGCUGGAAGAUGACCGUCAGGAGUACCUGUGCAAGGUUCAGAUGCAGCAAGUGUGGGAGAGUCUGGGCUUCCAACAAAGCAAUGGUGGUCUUCCACAUGCGCCUGUCAUACAGGCAGGGCCCUGUCAAGGCUAAGCCCCUCCAUCAGAAAUGUAAGACGUGUGACGAUGGUCAAAUGGAGGAGCCCAGCAUCAGCUCUGGGAACAUCGCUGUCCUCAUGGAUAAUCUGGUGGAGCAGAUCAGAAAAAAAUGCUAUAAUGAAUUUGUGGGCAGAAAAAGUAGGCAUUUCAGAAGCUUUGAUGCCCAGAGUCCCCAUGAGCCUGCUCACUGUGAGGCCUGUAUGCAAGGCAUCUGUCCAAGGAGCUGAGCUUGUGUGACUUUCAACUUUGACGUUUCUACAUGUACGAUCACUCUGUCUACUUUCUGUUCUUGAGGUUUUCUUUAUUGUUCCAAGAGUUUAUAAGCUGUUUCAUGCCUUUGUUCACUUUAACAAAACAUACAUUGCACAAAACCUUUCCUACUGUACGUCUGUUACACUGUUUUGCUUCAUCUAUCAUAUCAUUAUCAAGUGUUCAUGAAGUUACAUUUUCAUUAUUGCUAGGGUUCAGUUUGGUUCAAAAUGUUCUGUUUUGCUUAAAUGCAUAAUGAAAAACCUUCUUACAAAACAAAAUAAAAAAUAAAGCAUUUACAAGCAAUA